GUUUCGGUAGGCUGUGCGGGGCACCUAACGAACGUUAACUAAAAUCAGGCACCUUAGGCACCUUAGGUACCUGAUAUUGUUCCUAAAAUCUACCGGUAACAUGAGCUAUUACAUGAGGUCUCCCCACACAUCAUUGAUAUAAGCCCCUUGUUCCUGGUCGAACGAUACAUCUUAUUCUUGUCAUCUUCAAACCUAUUGUUCCCAAACCAAGCGAAACCGCUCCAACAGCUCCAACAGCUUGCAGACGAACGGAAUACACAACAUGGCCGACGAGAGUAACCCUCAGUCUUCGAUCGACGAGACCCCCAUUUCCCCUAUUCGUGGAAAAAACGAGAGGAGAAACUCCCUUGAACAGCAUUUGAGGCAGCGUCCUGACCGCUCAGAGCUUAUUGAGAGGAACAUCUUACCUGCCUCGAACGCCGCUCCUAGCCUCCAGGAGAAGCAAAGAGAACUCGAGAGACACAUGCGUGCCGACUCGCUGAACGAAAAGAUCUCUCACCGACCCACGCCCGAAAAGCUGAUCAAGGAUGGCGUACUUCACGAAGACCCCCGAUCACCCGAGGAGAAGUAUGCAGAGGCCAUCGAAGAGGAAUACGCCAAGCGCGAGGGCGGUGCUUAAAGUGAUUUAAAACGAAUUUGCUAGCCAUGAUACUCCUGGGGUUGCUAUGAUGCUUUGACAGAUGCUAUCAAAUAUGAUAUCAAAUACGAUAGUUAUCGAGUGUUGAUUGUAUGGGAAGUUUAUGAUGAAAUCAUUUAAAAGAU